AUGCUUGAUGAGGCUGGACGCUUUCGGAUACGACGGAUAGGUAAACUGCAGCGGGCAAUUCAUUGCUUCAAAACAAGAUGUACAGUUGAACGAACAAUAAAAUCACUAUCAAAGUUUAUCACAAUUCUAGACUGGUUACCAAAGUAUAACUGGCAAAAUUCAUUCUUUGGUGAUUUAAGUGGCGGCUUAACUAUGGCUGUUUUUACAGUUCCGCAGGCAAUUGCUCAAGCUGCAGUAACUGGGGUGGAUCCAGUAUACGGCUUAUACACUGCAAUAUUUCCAUCAUUUCUUUAUAUAUUUUUUGGUACAUCCAAACAUAUUUCAUUAGGUGGUUUUGCUGUACUUUCAUUGAUGACACAUGCAGCAAUCGAAAAUGUUAUGGUUCAACAAGCGACCAGUUACAACUAUACGCAUUACGUUAAUCACAGCCUCUACGAAGUAGAAAAUAUGACAGAAAUAGAGUACAAUCAAACAAUUUUGAAUUUGAAUUGGUUGGAUAAUGAAACAAUGAUUGAAGCAAUCACCACUGAAGAAUGGACAGAAGGUUACAGACCCGUCAAGCCAAUCCAAGUGGCUACAACUAUUAUGUUUCUCAGCGGAAUUAUUCAAUUGUUACUGGGAACUUUUCAACUGGAAUUUUUGACUAACUACUUUUCUGAUCAAGUCAUUUCGGGAUUUGUUAUCGGUGGUUGCGUUCACGUUUUUUUUGCACAAAUUGGUGACCUACUGGGUAUUCGUCUGCAACGUCGAGCUGGCCCUGGAUAUUUGUAUUAUAGAAUAAAAGAUCUGAUAGCACAUUUACACGAAACUCAAAUACCAACAGUUGUGAUCAGUGCGUGUUCAAUAAUGUUUCUCAUCUUCAGUAAAAUUGUACUAGCACCAUGGUUAUCAAAAGUGUUUCUAUUUCCAAUACCAUAUGAGCUUAUUCUAGCUGUGAUAGCAACGACUGCAACAAAUUUUGCAGAACUAUCUGACAGAUUUUCAAUUAGUGUUGUUGGCAAUAUACCUACUGAAUUUCCAUUGCCAUCAGUACCUCGUUUCGACUUUGUAACUUCGAUUAUCCAGCAAGCACUCGGUAUUGCUGAGAUUGCUCUCGCUGUUCACGUUACUGUGGCAAAAAUUGUAGAAAACCGUUAUGAUUACGGAAUUCCUUGUAGACAGGAACUGCGAGCUCUAGGAGUAGUUGGUUUAACGUCAUCGUUUUUCCCAGUUUUCCCUGUGACAUCAGUCUUCGCUCGCUCUGUCAUUGGCACGGCUACCGGUGGAAGUACCCAGUUGACCUCAUUUUUCUGUGCACUUGCCCUUCUUUCAGUAGUCCUCUACAUUGGACCGGCACUGGAAUAUUUGCCAAAAUGUGUACUUGCGUCAAUUGUAGUGGUAUCAAUGAAGGUGUAUUUCGACAAGUUUGGAGAAGUUAAAAAGCUUUGGCCUAUGUUUAAGAUUGAUUUGAUUAUAUGGAUUGUUAGCAUGAUACUUACCAUUUGUUUCGACAUGGCUGGAGGUCUAGCUAUUGCAGCAUUAUUUGCGCUACUUACGACCCUGUUUAGAAAUCAGAGACCUAAAUGGCAUUAUUUGUCAAAAAACGAUAAAGGGCAUUAUCGUGAAACAAAGAAAAAAGAGGUGAAGUACAUUGACUGUGAAACAUGCAUAUUUCGUAUGGAUGGCCCGCUAAUUUUCACAAGCGUCGACAGAUUUGUUACGUCGCUACGUAAAUGCGUGACGAAUUGGAAAAGAAUUCGAGCACAAAAGAACUACAAGUUCAUGACAAUUGAAGAAAUGAACGAAGAAGCUGAAAAUUAUGAACGAAUAAAAUCGGAGGUCAAAUACAGCGCCUUUUCGAGAAGAGAUCGAAAACGAACUACUGGGCGACCUGAGGAACGUUUCUCGCUGGUUAUCGAUUGUUCAGGGUUUCCAUAUGUCGAUUACCUCGGAUUAGCAACAAUCAAAAAAGUUUAUGCCGAGCUUGUUCAGUCUGGGGUCAUCGUUUACUUGGCUGAACCACGAGGUCAAUUUAAAUAA